UUCAAGUCAUUGCUGGUAUGAUUUAUUAUCAUGAAGGUUUAUUUGAGGAUGCAUUGAAAAUCUUGGUUCGACAUAAUAGGAAUUUAGAAUGUGUUGCGUUGAUAAUCCAAAUAUAUCUACAGUUGGAUCGCUUAGAUCUUGCAAAAAGAGAGAUCGCAGCAACAAAAACUUGGGCAGAAGAUGCGAUGCUUGCACAAUUAAUAGAAGCAUGGGUUGGAUUGAGAACUGGUGGCGACAAAUAUCAAGAGGCGUAUUAUAUUUACGAAGAAAUUGCUCAAUCACCAUCAUCCAACACGGUUAAAGUAUUGAAUGGGCAAGCAGUAUGUAAUAUUCAUCUCGGUAGAUAUCCGGAAGCGGAGAGCUUAUUGUUGGAAGCAUUAAACAAAAACAACAAUGACCCAGAUACUCUUGUCAACUUAAUUGUG